UCACUUGAUUGAUUUAAGGAAACUUUCCAUAAAAUUAACUUCAUUGAUUGGAUACAAUCUUAGUAGAAGUGUUUUACAAAUUCUACUUAAUUCUCUUCGGAAAUAUAUAUAAUUCAACAAUUUUCAGGAGAAAUCAACAAAUAAGUCAGCCCUAACCAACUUCAUUAUUCUCUACAUUCAUCAUCUCCUUCAUCUCUGCAUCUCUUUCCUCGAUCCUCCUCCUCCUCCCGGAUAUACUAAACCCUUAAAACCCUUACAACAAAACCAGAUACUCGGCGCCAGCCUCUACCAACCAACUCUCCUUCAAAUCUAGAUCCAUCGAUUGUACGUGUUGCAAGUCGAAGACGAAGAUGGCGGAAGUAGCAACAAGUUUUGCUGAAAGUGACGUGACAAGACAAAAGUUGAGGUUGUUAAAGCUUGCUGCAAGGAAGCCUGGUAUCAAAUCCUCACAAAUACCUCAAGUCAAGAAUCCAUCAGCAGUUGAUGCCUACAAUAAGCGCAUAUGUCAAUUCUCAAAACAAGUGCCUAAACUCAACUGUAACUCUAUUACUGGAUUGAAGCGUAGAGCUGAGGAAGUGUUAGAAGAAGAAGAAGGUGGUCCUAAACCAAAGAGGUCGAAGAUGGACAGUGCUGCAAUACCAUAUUGUCAGACCAUUCUUGGAAAGUUAAUGAAUCAUAAGUUGGGUAACGCGUUCUUUGCCCCUGUUAAUCCUGGUGUCUACUAUUAUGACAUCAUAAAAAGACCAAUGGAUCUUCGGACCAUUAAACAGAAAUUGCAGCAGCUCAAAUAUAUUUGUGUUGAGGAGUUUGAAGCUGAUGUCAGGCUCACAUUUUCAAAUGCAAUGUUAUUCAAUCCUCCUUUCCAUUGGGUCCAUAAAUGUGCCAAGGCACUUGUCGAGGUGUUUGAUAAUCAUUGGAAGCCUGUUGAAAUGAAUCUGGAAAAGGAGCAUCACAAAGAUAUUCAACUCUCCCCGUCAAAGGCGUUACGUGUGGCACAAUUGAAGACUAGGUUUGCUGAAACCAUACUCAAUGCCCAACGUUACACUUUGUUGCAACAGGGUGAUAAAACAAUUGGGCAAGUAGAAAAGGAGUCGGCUGCAAGAUUAAAUGAAGAAUCUGAAAUGAAAAGGAAAAGACAAGAAGCGAGGGAGGAAGCCAGGAUGGCAAUUAGAAAGAUGGAACGAUCAGUGAUAAAUGUUGAAGACAACUAUAAAGUUAUGAAAGAUCUUGAGGGUCUGAUGGGAACCUCAAAUUUAGUAGUAAAGUGCGAUGAUCGUAGGUCCCUUGCUACUAUAUGGAGUCAUGUAGACCGUCGUAUAAUCAGGACACCAUUGGAACGUCUGGGUUUAUUCAUCAAGGAUGAUUAUAACUGAAGAUGGAUCGAUCGAUAAGGAGCUCAAGGCAAUGUUGAUAAUCUGUAAGAUAAGUUUUGACAGCAUAUCCAAAUGGCUAAGUAAUGUAUGGAGGCCAACUAGGUUUCAGUCUUUGAAAACAUGAAAGAAGCACUAAAAAUAGAGCACAAUAUCAUAUAUAUGGGCAAGAUCUAUAUGAUUAGUGUGUGUUUAAUUUGUAGCACGUACGAUAGCAAAAUGAAUGGAAUUGUAAGUUGGGCUACUACUUAACACUUUAGUGUGUUAUGAUAUGUAGUUGGGAAAGAAAAGGUUGCUUUAUGAUUGGAGUUUCAUUUACUGUAUGACGAUGAAGGGUGUAUGAGGAAGGAAGUGAGAAACCUUAUGCCAAAUUUUGUCUAGGGGUGACACUUGUCUUAGGUCGACACUAACUAAGCAAACAAAUACGAAAAGCGGUAAGGAGAGGCGACACAAGGAGAUGUUGAC